AUGAACUGGAAUAAAUUUUUUUCCCGUACAUCAGACCAGAGAAAUAAUGAAAAUGAAAAUGAAACAGAAACGGAUGAUGAUAAGGACGUCACUGAUAGUAAUGUAACUGGAUCUACCGAUAAAUAUUCACAUUUUCUAGGAACACAUUUUCAAAAAUUUUCGCAUAAUGGCUUAUUGCAACGAUUUAUUCAAGUGACUUUUUUGAUAAUUAAUAUUGUAACAUUUCUUGCAGGCAUUGUUGGCAUUGUAACCUCUACAUGGAUUUUCACAGAUAGUAGAAUAAUGUUAAGAUUGAUAGAUCAACACUUUUUUAUUACAAUAUUAUUAUUUAUAAGUUUAAUUGCCUCAUUAGUAUCAUUAUUGGGAAUUCUUGGUUUACUUCGAAGAAGAAGAAAAUUCUUGAACAUUUAUGGUAUUUGUUAUUCGAUAUUUCUAUGCAUUAUAUUUAUCAGCGCCAUAAUGAGCUUUUGGAUUUUCGAAAAAAUUACCAAAAGAAUUCAGGACGACAUGAGCGCCGCCAUCGAAAAUUAUCAUUCCUCAUCCUUGAGUAGAGAAGCUUGGGACAAUACCCACAGAUAUUUAAAAUGUUGUGGAAUAAAAUCCGCAAAGGACUGGACCAAAUAUCGUGUUGAUAUUCCGAAGAGUUGUUGUCUUGGAUCUAUCGAAGAAUGUUUACAAAUGACGGAAGCGGUAUCUUAUAAAUCAGGAUGCCUGAAAAACGCUGUGUUAUUACUCAAGUCUCAUAUGCACACGAUUAGUAUGUCCGUGCUGUUGAUUUUUAUAACUACAUUAAUGAGUUUUCUUCUCGCGCUCUGUAUACUUGCUAAAAUGAAGAAAGAAGAUUGAAGUUCUAAAUCAAAAACAUCAGAACACACGCAAAACGAUAUUUUAUUCGGAAUGAGACGAAGGUGAACGAGGAUCAAUGACUAUAGAUGAGAGAAUAACAAACUAUAAAACGUUUUCCCGCUUUUAUUAUCAUAUAUAGAUCAUAUAUUUUCUGAAAACACUUAAUAUAUUGUACUUAUGAUAGUAAUAUUGUAAUUGUUACUGGACAUGCUGGUUGGGUUUUCGCGACACACGUGUACGACAACGGAAUUUGUUUCGAAAAAAAUUUCUUUUCUUUCUUGUCUCUCUCUAAUAAAUGGAACCAUCGAUCGAUGGAUGGCAGUUCGAGAUGGCAGUCGUUGAAAAAUUUUUUUUCAUCGCGCGAUACGGAUGAAUAUAAUACGUUUAUAAAAAUUGUCUGACCAUCGUUCGCUUUCAUCCUCGAAAAUGGGCUUUUUUUUUUGUAUUGCACGCCGAAUUUACCGAAAUUCACGAAAUUGAUCGUAAUAUUAAUAACAGUAGGCAAAGUUAUAACGAGAAUAAUCUCGCCGUUAUAUUAUGCGACGCGAAAUAUUGACAUCGUAAUAAUUCGUCGAACGCGAUACAGAGUAUAUCUUUUGUCUUUAUCUCUCCCAUCGUCAUGGGUUACGCGAGCAGCACGUGUGCUUUGCACCUCUUAUUUUUUUUUAACCCACGAAUUAUCUCUUAUCAUAAUCAUGUACAGUAAUCCCUGGAUAACUGUCCUGUUUUUUUCAUUACAAAAAUUAUAUUCUUUAUAUUCUUUUUUAUUAAUUAAAUUGCAAAAAGUAAUAAUUUCUCAGAUUAUCGACGACUCAUCAUCAAAUCUAAAUUUUUCAGCUUAAUACUUAUUUCUUUGGACUAAGCAAUGAAAAAAAAAAUUGAAGAAUAUAAGAAUUCAAUAUCAUCAUUACUUCUCUUAUAAGUAGGUAUUUCAAUAUAAUAUUUAAAAUUAUAUAAUUAAAAUAAACUCUAUCUUAUAUUACUUACAUAAUUAAGUAAUUAUUUAUUUCAAUUUAUUAUUUGAAAUUUUUUUUAAAAUUCAUAAUUUUUUUUAUAUAAACUUUGGAAUAAAUUUUAAUAAAUUGAUACAGAUUCCAUUCCUUAUGAAUUCGAUUGACGGACGUUUAACCAGGUAUUACUAUAUACAUAUACAUAUAAUACCUACUUACAUACUUCUGUAUCCGCAUAUGUGUUACGUGUACAUGUGUUGAGACACAUGCACCAGUGAUGUCUGAUGUGUUGGGUAUGUGUGUGUCAUGUAUAGAGAGACAUUGAUCAGAGGACAGGGCUGUGGGCGCAAUUUCCAGGCAAGUUCCAUCCAAUUACAGAUAUAUUAUAUCAUAGCAAACAUCGUGACUAUUUACAAUAAAUACAGUCGAUUAGAUUAUAUAAAUAAAAUAUAUCGUAUCGUUAGUUUAGGUUUACAGCAACACGUGACAGUAAACAAUUAGAUCAGCGGCGAAGUAGCAUAAUCUACUUAGGGUAGUGGUCGUAGUAGCUGUAGCAUGACUGAUUGCGCAUUCAUUCUCCAUCUUUCUCGCAUACGUUUCUUUCACGCAUACAUUCUCUCCAAUUUUUCUUUCAUUCUUCUUCUCUCUCUCUCUCUCUCUCUCUCUCUCUCUCUCUCUUUCUCUCUCUCGAUAAAUCAUUUCAUAUACUCAAAUUUCUGUACUCUUCCUGAUCUCAACUUCGUCAUUUUUAAUAUAAUCCAAGGACGAAGUUCACUUUGUGAGAAUCGAGUACACCUCAUGUGGUCCGACGGAUUCAGCUAGCUCGGCCAUAACUAUUUAAUAAAGACAUUUUGCGAUCAUUUCCCAUUACAAUCUGUGUCUUUGCACCGUAGUGAUAAUUAAUGCGAUAAUAAUAAUAAUAAUGAUGACGAUCAUAUUUCGUUCGAGCUUUUUCUA